CUCAGUCAACGUGGUGCACGCGAAAGUUGUUGUGAAGUUAUUUAGCUAGCAUCUGCGGCAAAUUUCUGUAGCAUAUUUACGUAGUUAUGUGUACUGAAUAACGUAAUUGUUUUGGUAAUUGUAGAUGCCCUCAGUUUUAUUAUGAUGCCUGGGGAAAAUCAUUCCAAAUUGGUGAAAAUCGCAGCGGACGCCACUAUUGGAGCCUGUCAAAAUUGCACUGUUCUGCAUGAGAGUCUGACUGGAUAUGUGGCGGCUUUCGUGAAAUUGAAACAAAAGAUAAUCGAUUCAGAUGACACCAGCAACUUGCAUGCACAACUAGAGGAGCUGCGGCUGAAAAUGGCUCCGCUGGAGAAAAGGAACCUUGAGUAUGAAGUGAUGCGGACAGAACUGGAAGAGACGCGGGUCAGCCUGAAGGUCCAUAAGCAGAUAGCAGAAGACGUGGACAAGCUGAAAGAGGAGAAGAACAACUCUCUGACGCUAAGAAAGACACUUGAGAACCAGCUGAAGGAAGCAGAGGAGAAAGCUGAGAAAUGUAACAUUGAAAAUGCACUCCUGAAGAUUGAAAAGGCAGCAUUGGAAAAUGAAUCUCUGAAAGCACAGGCGUCCUUGAGGGUGUGUCAGAAGGUGGCUGAUCAAGUGGACAACCUGAGAGAAAAGAAUGCUAAAUUGUUAAAUAUAAAUAUCAGUGUAGAAAAUCAACUUAAAGUAUUUCAAGAGUCAAAUCUGAAGAAGGAUCGUAUGAUAUCGGCGUUGCAAGAAGAGAAGAGUCAAUUAGAGAGAAGUCUUCUAGAUAAUCGGUUAAGAGUUGAGAAAUUGGAGAAGCAAAAUAAUAAGGAAGUUAGAAGCACUUCAACUCAAGCAACUGAAACUGAAAAACCAGGAGUUGAUAAGGAAAGAUUCCAGAGGCUCCUAGCAGAUCUCUGGUCAUGUGUGGAACCUGUAUCUUCACAGACAGCAAAGACAGAAUGUUUUUCUGGAUUGGUAGAAAACGGCACCAGGCAAAUAUUAACCCCCGCUGUGAAAGAUGGAUGCUUACUUCAACUUACAAAAUCUCAGAAAUCACAAGCUGCACUGAGUGUCCAUGGCAUCCACCCUUCUCUCACCUCAUCUCAGAACACCUCCACGCCAACCCUAAAACCUGUCAAAGCCAAAGAUUUAACCGUUUCAAAGGUAAAACCUGAAAGGAAGAAAAAGCGGUCCAAAGAGCCCUUAAACCUCAACCCUGCAGUUGUCAACUGCAAAACGGGAAAACAAGCGUGUGAGCAUAAGCUACCCUGCAGUGAGGACAAGGAGUGUAGCAGAGACGUGAAGGCCAUCCUGGACUGGUUUAAACCAUUGCCUCCACCCAUUUCACCAAUGCCAGGCUCUUCAGCUCCAUGGGAGUGUGAAGAUGAUACAGUGGAUUCAGGAGAUGGACAGGACACUCUAAAAGACUCCUCCACCAUCACCGCAGCUGAAACAAGUGCUCUUAAUGUGAACUCUGAGUCAUCGCCAAAGCAGACCACAAACUCGUCUGUAAAGAGUGGAUUGGGUGGAGAACCGCCUCUCUUCUGUGAGACUUCAGUACGGACUGACAGUGUUUCCGUGGGGACCACAGCUGGCAGUUUGAGUCAUGGUGGAAUUAAGGAUGUGCCUGGGAAUGAGAGGAAGUGUCCUGAACAGGAUGACAUGGACCCAGCAGGUGGAACUAUCCCGAUGCCCUCAGAAGAGACUUUGCCUUCAAGCUCGGUAGAAAUCCAAAGCCACAAUGUGGUUUUUGAAACCUCUACGAGACAAGCUCAAGGAUCUGAGACCUCUACAGGACCAACGAAUGGAUCAGAGGACGUGAUCAUGAUGGACACGGAUACUGACCCCAUUUCUCAUGACCCUAAAUUGUCCAUUGUGAUUAAUUUACAUGAAGAAUGUGAAAAUGCUUUUGCAAGUUCUGCUGUAGACAUGUCAGAGUCUCUGGAGUCACAGAUUAACAUUUACUCUUUGAGUUCCAGUAAGGAGAAUGUCACCAACUUGGAGAAUGACAAAGAACCAUGUGAGACAAGCAGUACCAAGACUGAAUCUGUAAAACCAUCCACUGACAUUGUUAUAGAUUUCCCCAUGCAUAUGCAGGAUGUGUCCGUUACUGAAAGACAGAGCCAUUGUGAAGUCGUGGAGAACCAGGAUGAAACUACCAAAGGAAAUCGUCUCGCUGGGAUGGAUGUUGAAGAGUCCAACAAUUCCAUAGCUGUAACUGUGGUUCAUCCAGCUGUCGUCCCAGAUGAGGGGCUUGCUAAACCAGCAGUACAGCCUUUCUCUGGGAAAUCCUUGAGUGAUGACGCUUUACAAACGAGCCUCAACCAUCCUAAAGCUCUCAGUGACGUCUUGACAACUGGAACUAUGGAAGGACCUACGGUAGAAUCUCCAUCUGGUAAUGAGAACUCUACAACUGAGCAGAAUUUCCAGGGACCACAAGAGGAAGUCCAUUCACUUUCUGAAGUUUCUACAGAAUGUUUACAGACGAGUUUGCAGAGGAAUGAGCAAGACGAGAUGGCUACAACACCUCAAUUACUUGACCCAUUGCCUACUGACCCAGGGUUGCCAAAAACAAAGAAACAUGUAGAUGAACUGAAAUGUAUUUCAUCCUCUUUAAUAACAGAACCGUUGAAAUCACCUGAAAAUCAAGAUAAGAUAAAUACUGAUAAAGUAGUGACAGAGGAAGAUGAGAUUAUUAGUGUCGUAUCGUUACCAUCUUCUGAGUCCCAGCAAAGUGAUCAUGAACUCAAAAAGAAUGCACCAAAACUACUGUACUCUGAAGAGAGGUGUAGUUCUAAUGUUGAGUGUGAAAGUGAAUCUCACUCUAAUGCUCAAAAAAUUGAUUUAUUAAAAGACAGUGCCCAAGAACAACCAGAAAGGUUACUUGGUUCAUGCGCAGUUAUCCUUGAAAGACUAAAUCCCACUGUUAGUCCUGGAGUUGACUCGGAAGUUGUCCCCAAGCACAUCCAUGUCCAAACUUUGCCCAUGGCCCCACCUCAUCGCUCAAAGAGCAUUGUUCGAGUCAGAUCCGAAAUGGGCCCACCCCUUCGCCCUCUAGUGCUACCUCUGACAGCCACACCCCCAAAACCAGUGAAACAGGUCAAUCCAAGGCAGGCUAUUGGGAAACUAUCCUUCCCUUCUCCAAUGGAAGGACUUGUUUCUCCUCAGGAAGAGACCCCUCCCAUGUCACAGCAGUACUCACCAUCCCUCAACACUCCUCCACCUGCCAACGGAGUGCCGUCAUCACCCCUGCAAUUUGGUUCAGCCACCCCGAAGCAUGCCGUUCCUGUUCCAGGAAGACUCCCCUCAUCGGCACUAAACUCCACCCCGUCCUCCUCUAGCCCCGCCCAGGAAAACUCGAUGAGGAUUCUGGAUAGCAUGUAUCCAGAACUUUCUGCCCGCGCUCGGACCCUCAGUAUCCUGCGUGGAAACGUCAACCUGGGUAUAUCUGCAGCCGAGAGUGGAACCACAACUUCCGUGAGUUCCGUCAGCCAGAUAUCCGGCUUCAAGUCCAUCAACUCCUCCUCCACCGCCUUCACUAAAACUGAGCUGAGAGGGAAGAGAACUGGGGUCAAUAUGCUGCUACCGAAAAGCGCCAAAAGGCUCAGGCUGGACACAUGCUCACCUAGUCCUUCUGCCCCAACUGGUCCAGAAGAAGCUGUCCUUGAGAAGGACUACUUACCUGGAGAUCCUCCACACCUCACCACCACCCCUCAGUCUAAAGACAAGGUUGAAUCAGCGAGACCGAUGUCUGUUUUCCGGGCAUUCGUAAAGAUUGAAGCCCAGUGUUUUGACCUCUUGCCAGUAAUCAAGAGCCACCUGUUUGUGGGAAACCGGACAAAAAAGCCCGUCCUGAGGGAUGAGGAGAAGGAGGUGCUCUCUGAAUUCUCCCAACACAGUCAGUUGGCAGAUGAACUGAUGUCGGCCAUUCUGUUGAAACUGAAAAUGGAGAGAGAGGUUCUGAGCGAGGACCACCUACAGGCCUUCUGCAGGGUCUACACUGGGCUGUGUCGACAACGAAGGGACCGGGAGAGAGCCCACAUCCUGGCCUACAGCAUCCUCAGAGAAAAUUUCCCCAGCGCAGCGAAGCUCAUUCUGUUCAUGUUGACCACAUGGCACAAUGUCUUCUCACACAGCAGUGUGGUUUGCCAAGCCAUUCUCACUAUAACCAGGCUUAAGGCCUCAGAAGAACUGCUCACCUGUCUGACAGCUUACUUUGACUGGGAGAAGAACCCACCUGGUGACAUCGACGAGAUGCUCACUUGCUCGCUGGCUGCUCUCCGUGCGGGGACAGAUAUGUCCUUCCAGAAGCACGCCCGCCAGGGAGACGACCUCAGCACCUCGACAUGGGAGCUGGUCUUCACCCUGGACCUGCUGUGCUCACACAAGUGCUGGCAGUGGACUUACGACAACAUACUCAGUAAAGAGCUGUGGCCUCUGAUGAACGCCUGGGUGAUCCAGCCCAGGACUGAGCAGACGCCUGUCCGGGAUGUUGCUGUGGCUGCUGUCCUGAGGCUCAUUGGUCGUCUGGGACAGAUGGGUGUGAAGGAGAACUGCAGCGCCACUGUGAAGACCAUCGCCAAUGUCAUCAACACGUUUGGCAGGCAUGGGAAAUCGGAAGGUGUGCCAUGGGAGGUCCAGUUGGCAGCAGUCUACACCAUCUAUGACCUGUCACCUAGCAACCCGAAGGAGGCUCUGGAGGCUCUGGCAGGUUGGCGUGGCGACACCAACCAGCACGUCCCGCCGGCUGUCACCAGCUGCAUUACCCAGAUAGCCUCCAUGUGCCGACAAAUCAAGACCUGAGAAUCAUAUCUCAUACCAAACUCGUGUGCACACACACUCCUGUCUGUUUCACACAAAAUCCCUGAGUUAUCCCUAGUGAUUGUUUGUUCCACAGAACCAUUGUCAUUUUGUUUGCUCAUGCAGACCAAGGGUGUUCUUGUUAGAAGGUCAAUCCUAUCAACUCAUGUUGGGGUCGGUUAUUCUUCUUCUAAUGUUUAGAUUUUUUUUUACAUUUAAAUGUUCUGAGCAUCAAGUCUGCUUUUGUAAAUGUUUUGUAAAUGUGUUAAAUACAGAGUUUGUGUACUUUUACAAAUUGAAAUAUAAACAUUAAACAUUAUGAUUCUA